ACUACUAGUUGGUAGUAACGUCAAAUUUCGAAGGUUAUGUUAUGUUUAAGGACGCGACUUUUUUAUUGUUUUAAUUUAUAUAACUGCCCCAGUUAUAUGUAAUUAACUUGCAAUGGAUGAAGAAUACGACGAGAGAAAUUGGGAUACCGUUGAUCGACUCGAUAAUGACUCAGAUGCGGGCGAUGAAACGGAAAACCCUGAGCAGGUCCUUAAGGAAUGCGCGGAGAAAUUUUCGACCUCAGACUACAUAAUGGAACCGGGAAUUUUCUCCCAGCUGAAACGGUAUUUCCAGUCUGGAGGAAACCCCUUGCAAGUGAUUGAAGAAUUAUCACAGAACUACACCGCCGUAGCCCAGAUGGCUAACUUGAUAGCAGAAUGGCUAAUCACAGGUGGAGUCAAUGUAACUUCGGUUCAAGCAAUGGUGGAGAACCACUUAAAAGAGAUGAUUUUGAAAACAUUUGAUCCCAAAAAAGCUGACACGAUUUUCACAGAAGAGGGUGAGACGCCAGCUUGGCUGACACAGCUAAUUGAACAUCCCACGUGGCGGUCACUGAUUUAUAGAUUAGCUGAGGAGUAUCCAGACUGCUUAAUGUUAAAUUUCACAAUUAAGCUUAUUUCCGACGCCGGUUUCCAAGCUGAAAUCACAAGCAUUUCAACGGCAGCUCAACAGUUGGAAGUCUUCUCUAGAGUACUCAAAACUUCAAUUGCUAGUUUUUUGACCAAUCCAGAAGACUGGCAAAAUACCAGCAAGGAGUGUGCAAAAAUGGUGUGCCACGGCCAGCACACAUACGUUUACAGUCAAGUGAUUAUCCACGUGUUAGCUCGAGAAUCCAAGGGUGGCAGUAGCAUGAAGCGACUGUCUCAAGAAAUCACGAAAUGCGCCCAAAAAAAUGGCCAUGACGUAACUCCAAUCACAAUGGCGUUAAACGGCGCCUCUGCAUACCCUCUGGCCUGCCAGGCCUUGACAUCAAUGCUUUCAAAAAAUACACUUAAUCCAGCCGACAUUACAGUUCUGUACAGAAAUUACAACGCUCCAGACCCUCCUCCCAUUGAUUUAAUCAGAACUCCGCAAUUUCUGGAAUUAUUGAUUGAUGCCUUGUUUAAACCUGGAGUAAAACUCAACCCCGACCACAAGCCCAAAUAUAUCCAUUUGUUAGCUUAUGCAGCAAGUGUCUAUGAAAUGCAAGCCAAAAAAGGGCAAAAAAGAGUGGUCAAUAAAGAUGAACUUCAAGCGACUAUUCAUUCAAUUGAAACGGUCCACAAUAUUUGUAAUACCAAUAAAGGGAGUUCAGAGCUAAUGGCAGAACUUGCAACGCUGUAUCAGUGUCUCAGGUAUCCAGUCGUUUCUGUUGGAAUUAUCCGUUGGGUUGAGUGCACUGUUACCGAAGCAAGUUACUUUAAAUUGUCAACAGAACACACUCCAAUUCAUUUGGCGCUCUUGGAUGAAGUAGUUACUUGUCACCCUCUUCUCCAUAAUCAAGUACUCGACUUACUAAUCAGGUUGUUUGAAUCCAAGCAAGACGAACUGGAAAUUUUAGUCCAACUUGAAAUGCGCAAAAUGGUCCUUGACAGAAUGGUAAAUUUGCUAUGUGCUGGAUGUGUGGUACCCGUUGUAAAGUACAUAAAACAGUGUUGGCAAAAAGGCGACACGGACAUAUCCCUGAUUCGUUACUUUGUAACGGAAGUUUUGGAGACCAUCGGGCCCCCUUAUAGCUCCGAAUUCGUCCACUUAUUUAUGCCAAUGGUUGAAAAUGACGAAAUUACGGGAACAAUGAGAGGAGAUGGGGAGAACGACCCCGUGUCUGAAUUUAUCGUCUAUUGCAAAGCAAAUUACACCGCUGUUGUAUAACAGCACCUUAAUAAUAAGAAUGUCUAUUAUUGUAAAAAAUAAAAAACCUUCCGCUAAA